AUGGGUCAAACCCCUUCCAAGAAGAUCGGUCGGACCAAGUCCAAGGAGCUCUCGCACUAUGAUAGCUUUUCCAAAGCGGGCAGUCACCCGAACGUGCCUACGGCACCCAUGGCAGGCAGCCUGGUCAUCCCACCACUCAAAGCGGACUCGGACGGGUCGAGCGGUGCAGCACCUCUCGAAGUGAGCACGCCAGGUGCGAGAAAGGGGAGCGGUCCCACGAGCGCCGUCAGGGGAAGAGGGAGCGUAACUUCUGGAGCUGCUGCAGCCGGUGCAGCCGUACAAGGUCGAUCAAAGUCGCCUCCACCACCUACGGCGUCAUCUCCUGACGAUCCCAACGUCGCUGGAAGCAAUCUGGACGCCACGAUCACCGCGAGCUCACCCGACAGGAACAGCAACAACCCCUUUCGCUCCUCCUCUCCACCUCCACCAUCCGCCUUUUCCACCUCGCCAAGCGCCAACCUCUCUGCCGGUCCAGGUUCAUCCAGCUUGUCCACCUCGCCCAGCCCGCUCGGACUCGGGACGACGAACAAUCCGUCGGGUAACAAUUUUAACCGCACACUCGACGUGGAUAACAUGAUCUCCCGGUUGCUAGAAGCUGGGUACAGUGGGAAAGUGACCAAGAGCCCUCCUCUCAAGAAUGCCGAGAUCACGGCGGUCUGUCUGGCCGCGAGGGAGGUCUUUUUGAGUCAACCGACGUUGAUCGAGUUGAGCCCGCCCGUCAAGAUUGUCGGAGACGUUCACGGUCAGUACGCCGAUCUCAUCCGUCUGUUCGAGAUGUGCGGGUUUCCUCCUGCCGCCAACUACCUCUUCCUGGGCGACUAUGUGGAUCGGGGGAAACAGUCGCUGGAGACGAUCCUCCUGCUGUUGUGCUACAAAAUCAAGUACCCAGAAAAUUUCUUCUUGCUCCGGGGUAAUCACGAGUGUGCGAACGUGACGCGAGUCUACGGGUUCUACGACGAGUGUAAACGCCGUACCAACAUCAAGACGUGGAAGACCUUUAUCGACGUCUUCAACACGCUCCCGAUCGCUUCCAUCGUCGCUAGCAAGAUCUUUUGCGUACACGGUGGGCUCAGCCCGAGCUUGACGAGCAUGGACGAUAUUCGGCGGAUACAACGGCCAACGGACGUACCGGAUUAUGGGCUCUUGAACGAUCUGGUCUGGUCAGAUCCGAGCGAUACGGCGCUCGAAUGGGAAGACAACGAACGAGGGGUGUCGUAUUGUUACGGUAAAGCCGUCAUCAAUAGCUUCUUGGCGACGCAUGACAUGGACUUGAUUUGUCGGGCGCACAUGGUGGUCGAGGACGGCUACGAGUUCUACAACGACAGAACACUGGUCACCGUGUUCUCGGCACCAAAUUAUUGUGGUGAAUUCGACAACUUCGCCGCUGUCAUGUCCGUCUCGGAAGACCUGUUAUGUUCGUUCGAGCUGCUCAAGCCACUCGAUGGAGCGGCAUUGAAGAAGGAGAUGGCCAAGAACAAGCGGAAAAGUCUGCAACAGCAUCAGUCACCGCCCAACACCCAGGUGGUACAGACUUUCUAGGCUUUUUACCUCGUCUCGGUUUCGGUACCCACCUUCACUCCCCCUUUCCCGACGGCCGGAUCGAUACACGGACGCUACACGUCUCUCUCCCUCACGCUCGCAUUCCUCGCUCCGGGUCCCUGGUUCUCCCUCUUCUCGAUUGCAUCGAUACCCUCCACUCCCUCGUCAAGUCAUAUCUGGAAACACCUCGUCAGGGCUCCCACACGCCGGCGAGUCGAAUCAUCCUCCUGUACCACCAGUCUCAAGUAUCGUCGCUAUGAACAGCGGCUCGAUAAGGCCUACCUCUUUUUCUCUCUCCGGGAACUUUUGUUGUCUCAUAUCGCUCCUGUCAAUCGGAGUCGCAGUCCCAUCAAUCAAUGUAUUUACGCUCAGCUCUGAAUCGUCCGAAAAGGAUCGCGCCGAUGAAAGUGCUAUGAAAAAUUGUCGAGUGAACGCGG